UAGCUUAAAAUAUUUAGGUAUGUCACAUAGCAUCACGCAUGUUCCAGCUAUAUAGAUACGCUUUUAAUUCUUCUGCACCACUAAUUUCUUUGAUACUGUUGAAUCAUCAUGGCAAAUCAACCACAACUCUCAACAACCGCCAUUGUCGGCCCUCAAUGCUGUGCUCCAGCUACACAUCCAAUUGAUUUGAUAAUCACAAAAGAAUGGACUGGGAGAAAUAACUUCACUAUCACAGACACCAACAACAACCUUAUUUUCAAAGUUAAAAGUCCUCUUGUAACCACCGUAACACCGCGCCAACACCGGUUCUUGUAUGAUGCUAACAAAAACCCCAUUCUCCAUCUUCGUAGAUCGCUGCUAGCAGGAGAUGAUAUAUGGAAAGCAUUUAGAGGCGAAAGUGAAGCGCCACAGGACCUUAUCUUUACUAGAGAGCGAUCUUCGUUUAUGCAGCUAAAGACUAAGUUGAACGUGUCUUUGACAACACUGUCCAUUUGUGGUGGAUUCUGACUUCGAUUUUCCAGAGUUCCUUAUUAUCGUUGAUUUCCUUCAGAUUAGCACAAGGUCUUGCAAUAGUGAAGCUCACAGCGGUUUGGAUUUGUUGCGUAGAAAGAUGGAUAAGAGAUGGAUGUAUUUGUUGUGGAGACAUAUUGGAGUAUUUGUUGGUGAGACAAUCCGUAGAAUUGAAUGUGACUGAUAAAAAUGAUGAAGGUUGCGUGUGAAAUGCUCAUGUUUGCGGCGGAGGAGCAGCUUUUUGGCAGAAGUUCUUAUCGUUUCGAGAGAAAAUUGGGGAAGAAGAGUGGUUUUGGGUUUGCACGGGUUUGGGAUUUCAUGUAGUGAGAAAGAUGGUGGGGAAAAAAGCAAAAAGCAGAAUUAUUAAGAAUGGAAAAAAAAGCUAGGGGUAAUAAAUAAAACGUGAAGGUUAAGUUAAAACCUGAAUAAUAUUAACCAAUCCGUCUGACCACCCAAAAUGAUUAAGGGUAUUUUUGGGAAAUCCAUAACAGUUUCUUUUCUUAUUUUCAAGAGCUGAUAACAUUCGCAGUCCCAUAACACAAAAGUUGUCCCACACCCAUUGUGGUUGACAUCAAUUAGAACUUUAUACCUUGUGAUGACAAAUAAAAAUUUCCAAUUAAACACAAUAGUCAAACCUAUAAUUACAAAAAAUGUUAUACCAAAUACCUAUACAUUUCAGUCUCAGUACUGUGACCCUUUAUACAAACAUAUGGUGGCUGAUUGCCCUUAGCAUCGCUUGGACAAGCAUGGUAUGCCCGGUAAUACCAUCCUCCAUGUGCAACUUUGAGUCUGAAUGUUCCCGCUACAGUAACAACCUGAGCAUUCUGAAACAGAAACAAUGACGAAACUGAUAUCAAUAAAUGGCCUUUCAACCAAGUAGAAGCUAAUUUAGGGUAAGGAAAUAAGUGCUUACGUCUUUUAGUUUUACAACAUCAGACAGAGGGAGUACAAUAGACUUAUACAUGAACUUGUCAUACGGGCUAA